AUGAUAAGAGCAUCGGAGCUGCCGUUGACUGGGCCAGACCCAGCACCGCCUGCCACUUGCCUUGCAGAGUCGGACCUGUCCAAGCCGCCGUGCUAUGAGGAGGCGCUGCUGAUGGCGGAGCCGCCACCGCCCUACAGCGAGGUGCUGAUGGACACGCGGGGGCUGUACCGCAAGAUCAAUGCCCCCUUCCUGAGCCACGAGCGCCCCGAGAAGCAGGAGCAGCUGCCCAGCUACAAGCCCCUCUUCCUGGACCCGAGCUACGGCUCCUCCCUGCACCUGCACCUGCCCAGCGGCGCCGGCCAGGGCCACACCUGCCCCGAGCUCUACCUGGCAGCCGAGCGCUCCCAGCGCAUGUUCCCCAGCUGGACGGACUCCGAGCUCAGCAGCAGGGACACGUACGAGCCGGGGCCCUGGCACCUCCCUGUCUCGAUGCCCUUGUUUGGCAGGACUACGGCGGUGUAGAGCGCGCUGCCCAGGCCAGCACCAGCAUGGGACUGGGCCCAGGACUGUGGCCGCUGUCCCCCACCGCCACCCUCCGCCGGGCUGCUCCCCAUGGCUGCCGGGGGCUCCUCAGGACCAGCGCGACCCCUCGCCCCCCCCGACCUCUGCCUGCCACGGCCAGGGCGCGAGGGGCUGGCUCCCCUCUCGCCCACGGCGCCCGCCGGCCUCCCAGGGCUGCAGGGGCUCCGUGCUGCACCCCGGCGCAGCCGUUUCUUAUCUUGUUUGUUA